AUGGACACUUACAAGCUGGUACCAAUCGGCGGCCAGUUUAGAAAAACUAGUAGUUUUGAUAUUCAAGUUUACACACUAGGAUCAGAUUCCUGGAACAUUACUCGACAAUCAGAAGUUCCCUACUAUAUUCCUUUUAAUGGUAUGUAUACUUAUGGUUUGUUAUUUAAUGGAGCUCUUCACUGGUUAGGAUAUACGACCGAUCGAGAAACCAGCUACGGAGUUAUAGUGUCAUUUGACAUAAGCACCGAGAGAUUUGGAGAUGUGCCAUUACCAGCAGCAGAACAUACUCUGGCAUUUUCUUCUAACAGCGAACGAUGUGAAAAGAGUGUGGCAGUGUUGGGUGACUAUCUUUUCUUAUGUAAUGUUAAAUAUGAUUAUAGUUCCGUCGCUGACAUAUGGGUGAUGCAAAAUAUGGAGUACAAGGAUCUUGGACUUAGCAAUUUUCGAUUAGCCAUAUCCAUACAGGAAUUGUAUACGUUCCCUGCUUUCAUAAAUAUUUGA